AGGCUAGACAGAGCAGAAGCUGCGCUCUGCAGCAUCCAGCAUCCAUCUGAAAUCUCAGGAAAAGGUGGAGGAGAGCUGUCAUUCCCAAGGUGAUGCUGGUAACAGCGGCAGAAAGGAGACGAGGAAAGGUGGAAAACGAGGAAGAGGCAGAAGACGCAUCCAUGAUGGGCACACCUCUACGGAGGAAAGCCCCGGCGUAUGAGAUGGCUGAAGCUGAACUUCAUAAGGAAAGGCUCCAAGCCCUGGCGGAAAAGCGGAAAAGACAAGCCGAGAUAGAGGACAAAAGAAGACAGCUCGAUGAACUUGUUCUACAACUUCAACAUUUCAAGUCUAAAGCCAUGAGGGAGAGAUGGCUUCUGCAGGGGACACCAGCAGUGCCACAAGAGGGAGAUGAAGGUCUGAGGAAACAGGUCGAGCAAGAUGAACUUCACGUCAAGACACUAGAAGAUACCAUUCACAGAUUGGAAUCAGAAAUCUGUCUUUUGGAGAACGAAGAAUCACAGAUUUCAGCUAAAGAGCGAGUUCUCAGAGAGCGACUGCGGGAAACAGAGAGAUCUAUUGAAGAUCUACAGAAGAGUCUUCAAAAGCAAGAUGGAGAUGCGGUGAAUUACAACUGUUCCCAGAACCUCCCAGAGCUGAACUCCCAGUCUCCCGUCACAGCUUCAGGGGAUCAACAACUGCCAAGAAAAUCUGCAUUAUACGCCAUGGAGAUCAAUGUCGAGAAGGACCGGAAAACAGGUGCCACCAAGAUCCUCUCGGCCUCAGCAGUCAGCCCACAGGACGCUCACCAGAGGGGCGUCAAAGUCUACGACGACGGUCGCAAAGUGAUCUAUGAAGUGCGUUCUGGGGGAUCUACUACACUGGAGAACGGCACGCACCCCUGGAGUCCUGGCGAGGUGAACGAGCUCAUGCAGCAAGUCGGCAAGACCAAACCACGAAGUGACAGCGCAGUGGUCACUGUCACACCGGCUGAGCCCCAACCAAUGGGAGGACAGUUGAGCUCCAUGGAGGCCAAGCAAGAUCAAAAACAAUCUGCUCAGAAAGGCUACGAAGUUGAGGUCAUGGAGACUCCUCAAGCCUCAGCCGACAAACCAGUGACCAUGAUCUUCAUGGGCUACCACAGUGUAGAGGACGAGGAGGAAUCCAAGAAGCUGCUUGGCUUCGAUGGCACCAUCAAAGCCGAGAUCGUCCUCAUCGACGAAGACGAUGAGAAAUCUCUUCGGGAGAAGACCGUCACUGAUAUCUCCAACAUCGACGGCAACGCAGCAGACCUCGUGUCGGGCCGGCCUCUGUCAGAGACCAGCGAACUGUCUUCAGAAGGCAAAGAUGAAAGCUCGACCAAGGAACUGCCACCCACAGGCAGUGAGAAGGCACGUUCAGUGCUGCUGACGCCAGAGAACGGACUGUAUCCUACAGCCACAGCACGACCUGCUCACCCUCUGAAGCCCCCUGUACACUCAGAGGAUGACAGUGAGCUGAAAAGAGAGAGAAGUCUGAAGACUGUGAGCUUUUUCGAUUCUGUAAGUGUGAUAUCCAGUGGUGAGAGCAGUAUGGAGCUUGAAGAUCAGGCCGAGACCCAGCAAAGUUAUGUGAGCAGUGGGCAGAACAUAGUGAGACAUGGAGGAGAAGGGAUGGACAGUGAAGUUGCCAAGGAAAUACUUUACCUUGAUCAGGUCCUUGAGGACAACUGUUGUGAUCCCAGGGUAGAAAUUACUUCAAAUGGGACAAGUUCCCCUGAUAUUAAGUCAGUUAGAGUUCAUGGAACUGGACCAUCUGUGAAUACUUGUGACACAUCUCCCUUACACAACCAGGAUAUUGUUUUAGAAGGGAAAAAACAGACCACUUUUGUUGAUGAUUUCAACACCAAACCAAACGGUCAUGCAAUGGACAGUGCAAGGUCACCUGAAUCACCUAGGACAGCAAUCAAGAAAGAGGCACGUUUUGAGCUCCGACCAUUUCUUGAAGAGAAGAAACCAUCAAAGCUAUUUGACACCACAGCUGAGAAAGAAGUUCAGGUGAAGAAAGUCAGACCCUCGGAGGAGAUUGCAGAGCUAGAGAAGGAAAGGCUGGAACUCAUCCGAGGUCAAGCAGUCAAGAAAAAUCCUGGCAUUGCAGCAAAAUGGUGGAACCCACCUCAGGAUAAGACACUGGAAGAGGAGCUGGAGCCGGACCAACUGGAGUCGCUUCGAAGAUAUGAGGAGAGGAAGCAGAUGAAAACAGAAGCCAACCGCAUACCACAGGCUGCACCCAGACAGACAACUUCCUUUAUCCAACCUGAAAUAGGAAAUAGGGAGGAUGUUGUCAUGGAAGAGAUUGACUUUUCUGCAGCACGCAAGCAAUUUCUGCAGAUGGAACAUAGCAAGCAGCCCACAGCUCCCAAGAGGAACGUGGCACCACAGCUUUACUCUGCCAAACCUUUCUUCAGGACUCCAGAGGUCACACAUGUAGAGAGGCCAUGCGGUUCUGUCACAGUUGCCAAUCAAGAAGGGGUCACAUCACACGAUGGAAGUGAAGUUACUACAGUCAAAGCUGAAAAGAUUUACUGCUGCUCUGGAGAAUCUGCCACACCACCCAAAGAUGGUUUGGCUCAGAACGAAUUGAAAUAUGAUGAAUUUACUUGUGCCCGGGCAGUGAUGACUAUUGUGAAGGAAGAGGACUCUGAUUUGUGUCAACACUCUUUAAACAGCUCCUACCAUACAGAAGAAAUCGACUCUGGGUUAGAUGACCUAUCUCUCCGGUCUCAGGACACAACUGUACUUGAGACGCUCUCCAAUGACUUCAGUAUGGACUACAUAAGUGACAGUGGUGCAUCAAAUGAGACCAUGAGUGCCUAUUUGGAAAACUCUCUUGGGGAAUACUCUUUUCCUUCAACACCAGUGUCCACUACACCAAUCAAUGGAAAGCAUGAAAGUGGGAUCAAAUCUCCAAGUGAACAGAGUGGGUCUUAUCAGGCAUAUGGCUUGACAGAAGAGGAGCUGGAAUACCAUGCUGGGAUUCUUGUCCAAAACGCUAUCCAGCAAGCCAUUGCUCAGCAGAAUGACGAAUGGGAGCCUCUUCAGGCCACACAACAUUCGUCCCCCAUUCUCGAGAGACAUGUGGAAAUUACUGAACCACAAUCCCAACCCCUGGUGGAAAGAUCUGCCGUCACGCCACCUCCCAAAGUGCCAUCCCCCCUAGAGGAGAAGAAAGCAAUUGCUCCUCGGAUAACUGUAGUUCAAGCUGCCCCAGUUAUCCCAGUGAACACUUACAAACCUCCCAGUCCUUCUCCUCCACCAAGUGAGAAACCAGAAUUCAGCUAUUUCAGUAAGUACUCUGAAGCAGCAGAGCUCAGGAGCACCGCAGCUGUCACUCGUGCUCAGGAAACGGAGGUCACCUCAGGACCGUUCAAGCUGCGCUCACGCAAACAGAGAACCCUGUCCAUGAUCGAAGAGGAGAUUCGGGCGGCCCAAGAGCGCGAGGAAGAGUUGAAGAGACAACGACAGGCACAAACAUUGCACCUUCCCCGUACACAGAAGCUGAAGACCAGCACCCAGCCAAACAAGCUGGUCCUUGCGGGGAAGACAGCACCAGGUAAGAUAGAGAAGGUUCGUCCAGUUCCUCCAGCAUCGCCGUGCUCUUCAGAUGGAGCUCUGCCCUCGCCGCUGUCUGAUCUGGGCAGUGAUGAUUCUGGAGGACAGCGACCCAAGAACUUCAUGCAGACUUUGAUGGAGGACUUCGAGACACACAAGGUCAAGCGCCGAGAGAUAUCUGAGGACAACAGUUAUGUCCGCUCAGUUACAACUGAGGUUCUGGAGGCAACACGUGUCACUCGCAGAAAAAGUAACAUGGCCCUCCGGUGGGAGGCGGGAAUCUACACCAACCAGGAAGAGGCUGAGGAAGAGGAAGAGGAAGAGUAAACCAAACUUUCUCUGUACAAGAAGGAGAAAGGGAGGGGAAAUAUGCAGCAGGACAAACACAAGUAUUUAUUGGGAAUCCAAACCCCAGCCGCAAUUCACACCUCUCUGAAGAUUUGUUUCUGGAGCCUAUGAAAAAAAUAAAAAAAAACCUUCUCUUGACACUGAAAGACUAGAGAUAUUAUACCGCUUCUCAUUUUCACUACCAACUUAUUGCUUUUUCUUUUGUGCUGAUACGUUUUGAGAAAGUGGAAUAUGCAAAGAAGAGCAUUUGGGAUUUUUGGCAUUAAUAAGUGUGAAGAUAAUACUGUAUUUGGACUUCACAUACAUAGAGUUAUCAUUGUGUGGCUAAGGACUUUGUUAAAAGAAUGGUAAAUAUGGGAUAAUAUUCUAUUAUUAGUAGAAGGACCUUGGAUAUAGAUGAUAGCAUGAUGACGUCUGAUUUCUAGUUAGAUUCUUGACACUUGGACUUUGAAAUGUUAAUCAGGAUUGGUGCCAUGUCUAUGAGUUCAGCUAUGAGCCCAUUUAGAAAGCAGAACUACACAAAUUUGUCUUUCAAUGUCCAAAAGGGCAAAAUACUUUCUUUUUUUUUUUCUGUUAAUCACAUCAUCACAUGAUCAGCCUGUAAGGAUAACCACUCGUUUUCCCAGUUUUGCCAUACAGUUAGUUCAUAGAGAAGCUUUAAUGAGGAGGACAAAUGAAAGAAACAUUCACACCACUGACAGAUGUUGUGAGGUUCGUAAAGGCAGACAGACUGAUAAUACAAUAAAUCCAUGCAGAAGAGGAAGAAGCAUGGUUUGUGUAGGCAGCAGCUGCUUUCUCCUCUAAUAAAAGAUGAGAAGUGUGUGUGAAAUAUAAGUUGAUGCACAUGUGUUUGGAUUGAAGUUUAAUGUAAUGCAGAACAUUUAAUGGCUGAUGUAGAUUAUUUGGGAAUGUUUGUGUUAUGUGUAGGAGAGCAAAAAUGAAGGAAAGGACAAAGUAUUCACGGAAUUGCAUGAUUUUUUCAUUAAUAUUAAUUUAAGAGCGUGAACAUUUCUCUUUCUUUACGUUGGCAUUUUUUUAGCCUUUACAAACAGAAAGUGUUAAUGCAAUGCCAUUAUUUAACAUGGUUUCAAACGCUUUAUUGAUACAUAUGUACACAUGAAUGUCUGAAAUGUUGGAAAUUUGUAUUCUUCGUUCACAUUUUUACAAAUUUGGCAAUAUAAAACAACAAUCUAUUCAGGACACUGACAUCAGUGAAGGACGUGCUGCGUAAAAGAGAAAAAGUGAACAAAUAAAUGGACAGAUCUUCUUCUAUAUUUAAUCUUUGACUUCUAAUCUUGCCUUUGGUCUUUGGUAGCAUUUUUCAAGCCACAGACGAAGACAAUCUCACAAGCUUCUUUCAACAAUGUGGCUUUAUUGUUGUUGUUUUUUUUGUACCCUCCACAUAUAAUAUAUAUAUUAUACAAAAGUAUUUAAGGGACCGCUGUCCUUUUAUGUGUAUACAUGAAGUGUUUGUAGUGUCUGGAUUAGAGUGGCAUAUAUUGCAUAGGUUCUUAAACUGCAGGCAAAAAAAUAAAAAAUAAAUAAAAUUAGAGUUAGGCAUUGUAAUAAUGUCUAAAGUUACACCUACAGAACUAUAAAUGUUCUUGCAGAAGGUGAAUAGUGUUGAUUUGUGUUGAUGCUUGACGUGACAUUGCGUAACGACCAUCAGUUUUAUUCAGAGCAGGAUAUCGGAUUUUUACUUGGAUUCUUUGAUGUGAGAUGAUUAUUGUUGGUGAGCAAAAAAUAAUAAUUUUAUAAGGGGAAAUAUUUUUAUUCGAGCAGUGAGAUAUAGAGCAGUAUUCCUAUAAAUUGAAAAUAGUUUUGGAAAAAUGACUGUGUUUAGUACUAUAACAGCACAUUUAUUCAUAUAUAUAUAUAUAUAUACAGUGUUGGGUGUAUUUAAGGACAAGUAUGCCAUACUAUAUGCAUUUACACAGUUUUUCAUUAGGUGCUAUCAGCAACAUUACUAGCACCAAGUAGGUAAAGUAUUGACUGUGAUGCUGACGGGGUUUUGCAUCAUGAAAUGUGCAGCAUUCAAAUGAAAUGAAAAGCCAGCAUUAGCUUUCCUAAAAAGAUGACAUGCUUUUGUACUAUACUAGACAAAAAUGGUUGUUUUUAACUCAUAAAGCUAACUUAUAUGAAAUAAGCCAAUGUUCAGAUCUAUGAUAUAGUAAGAUUCCUAUGGCAAAGGAUGGUGGCCAAAUAGCUUUUAAUGUACACUACCAGAGGAAAAAGGAACUAUUCGAAAUUGAGCAAUAUUGCAGCUGUUGACGUGUAAAAGCAUUAUAGCAAAAGCAUGAGCUUUUGAGGUUAUUUGGGAACAGCGGACAAGAACUGCGAGCACUUUAGCAUCAUUUUGCUGCAAUGUCGAUUCCAAACAGGUUCAUUGUCUAUUGUCAAUAGUGUAUGAAGCACAACAAAGCAGCAUUGUUGGUCAACAACGGCAAAUUUAUGUUUCUAAAAUUUUAAAUGGUAAUUUCUUUCGCCCCCAAACGAAAUUCUUAAUUAUUUAAAUGACUGCAUUUUGCACGUGAAAAUUCUCAAACUGUCAAUGCAAACGAACCUUUACUGUUGCGAUAUGUCAUGGCGAAUGUACACUUAUUUACAUAGGAAAACGUGGGAUUGAGGUUUUCGUGUGAGGGCGAAAAAUGUUUUUGCUCGUGUUCAGAGCAUUGACCAACAGAAAGCUGAAGGUUUGAAGGAGACUUCUGCACACUACUGACAAAAGAGCUUUUUGUUUGCGAAAUUUCAAUGUGAUUGCAAAAGUUUUUACCUAGAAACAUAGUUAGACUUGUAGUCGAGGAUUUUCCUUGCCAGUAUCCUGUGUGCAUGACAGCUACUGCAUCCGUUGCAAUAGCAUUUGAGUUUCAUUGUCAGUUUCACAGAAGACAGCUUUUCAAAGAAUAAAAACAAAUAUUGCCCUUAAUGAAAUCACAAGUAUUGCUUUUUGAGUUUGAACUUUGUUUUUUAGGUGUCACUUUAAAAAUGUUGGGUGUUUUGCUCUUGUUGUUUAAAUUUCAAAUCUAUUUGCAAAUGCUUCCUUAAAAGGUUUAAUAGGUGUUCUAUUUCCCUUUGGGAGGAACCAGAGGAAUAUUGAUAUGGUGUAAUAUUUCAAUCAUGCUUUCGAAAGCCCUCUUUUGACAUGUUAACCACUUAUUGUAUGUUAAUAUUCUGCUUAUAUUGUUUUAUAGUAAUUGUAAGUCUCACUCAUACACAAUAUAAUUAUUUUCUCAUUAAAAAGAAAAUGUGUAAAACGUC